GUCAAAUGUCAACAGCUUUCGUGGGAAGAAAAUGUGUACAUCGGACUGCUAUUCCAACGAAUUUCAUCUCCAUUCUUGCCUUUUCACAUUCAUGCCCAGUUUCCGGAUUAACGGACUUACGGUGUAUAGUAUUUAUUCAAAACCCAUUCAUCUCGCUGGAAAUUCGGGAGAAGAAAGGCAGAUCAGUUCUAGAAAUAGUUGAGAGUGAACGCAAACAUAUUUUGGUAAAAGGCUGAAGAAAAUUUGGGAUUUCCGUUGAUUGUAUUGCAAUGCAGAAUGCUGCAACAAUUACUGUGCUGUCAAUUGUGAUUCAUUGUGUUUUCAGUCGGGACGUUCAUGCUCAAAACACAGUGUUAUUGAAUCAUGACAAAAGAUGGUUUCUGUGGACAAAAGCAUCUCCCAACUUCUGCAGCAAAGUGGAUUACGAGAUGGACGCAGAAGAAGCUUUUCCGCUGGAUGUGUUCCCACCAGAUCUGGUCUUGACAACUUGGACAAUCCCAAAUGAAGCCUCAGAAAGUUUAGAAGAAGACGUCAAGUCUCUCGUUUGGAGACUCAACUCGACAAUAAUCAACCAACACUUGUAUGACAUGGACUAUCUCUUUGCUUAUGAAUUUGUUCAACAUAGUCCAGGAAAGGCUGAUGGAGUCAAAGGACUGGUGGAAUUCUACACUGCCAUAGAUCCAUUUAUUUACUCUUACCAACCAGUGGUCGAACUUUACGAAGGGCCAUUUGCAGUUAUUUUCUCCAAGCAAAUAUUUUCGAAAGCCGGGCCUCAAGCAGUGGUUGACAUUUAUUUGGCGAAAGAUUCCAAGCUGGCUGAACAUUGGGAUGUUGUCAGGUCUGAACCUGUGAAGGGACCAAACCGCUCAGGUAGAAGCUUGUUUGAAGUUUCUCUGCCCCAAAUGCCAACAACUGCAGAAGAACGACGAAAAAACAAGGAAAUAGCCGUGAAUGCCAUCAAUGGAUACAGAAACAUGAAAUCAAAAGAAGCUGUCAAUCAUUUCUUCAGCAAAGACUUGGUACAACACAGUAUUGGCAGUGCUGAUGGUACUGGUUCACUCGUCACUGGAUUCUCCGGAUCAACCGACGUGAAGGUUGAUAUUAAAAUAGUCGUUGCUUCCGGGGAUCUGGUAGCAGUGUACAGCAAAGUGGACCUGAAAUUCAGCGGAAAUCCGGUAUCAUUCGCACUUAUGGACAUCUUCAGGAUUUUUGGAUGCAAAAUCACGGAACAUUGGUCCAUCAACGAACCGCUUCCAAAGGGAAUGAAAAAUUACAAAAACUCGAACGGACCGUUUUAACGCAAAUAAAAUAUCGAGGCUGAGAAUUACUUCUCAAAUAAAAAAGACCUCCUUAAAUUUUUUGUUGUUGCCAGAAUAAGAAAAUCUUGUGCGUCUCUCAAAGUCCAUGUUUUCUUCACGAAUGUCAGAAGCAAAAGUUUUUUUUGCGCACGAAGCCGCGUCGUUUCAGCGCGUAUCAAAAGGAGAAUUAAAACCAAAAUGCUUUUCUCGCAAUUCCCUCGGAAAUCCCACUCGUAGGAAUUACGAGUUUACGACUUCACUUCCCGGGUUCUCUCGGGCUUCAUCUUCAAAGGAAUGCUGCAUAUUAUUUAUUCAAGUCUUCCGCAAAAUUUUCGCUUUUUUUUUCGCACUGUUGCCAAGCGGAAUGCGGCCUGAGUUCGUGCUGAUGCAACCGGGUUAAUCCUUUAUCCUCAGCCACCUAAUUCUCAAGCAAAGCUGAAGGCAAUAUUUUAAUUGUUUCCAUUUUUCUCGAAAACUCAGCGAAUAAUAAACUUGAAAACCAGAAAUA